AUGACAACUGCUCCCAUCGACCAGAUGGGGUACUCAACUCCUUCUGAGACUGAUUAUCGAUACGGAAAAAUGCGUGAAGCUACGGAACUUCGGAAACUCGCUGUUCAGCAGAAGAAAUCAAAGAAGGGAAAAGGAUGCGCCGUUUCAGUGAAAACCAACGAGAACGCCAUGAAGGUCAAAGCGGCGAUAGCUAGGUGCUUGGAAUCUGAUGAGAAGAAGGAGAACCUUCCUGGCCCCCGUGCUGAAAAGAAGCCAAUGGACAGCCCGACACCAAAUCUCAUGAAUCUGAAAGACUGGGCUCCGUUUGAGUUGAAUCAGGAGCAACGUGACAACAUUGCUAUAGGUGUUUCUACUAUUGAAGGCGAUGAGGAGACAAAGCAUUUCAUUGUUUCCCAAUGGAAUAUUCGUGGUGGACACGGUAUAAUGCCAUUGGGGACUGGUGAAGACACUAUGGUUUAUAUCAAAAGAGUCACCGACCGCCCAUUCCCUACCGUUGAAGAGUUCCAGAACCGGAAAUCACAGCUGGCGGAGGAAAUGUUAGGUGUUUACAUCAAAACUUGCAUCGGAAUGGUUUCCCGACUUUCAAAGGGAAGGGAAGGAGGAAUUCGUGCUGUCAGAGUGAGUGUUUUCGAGAGAAUUUGUGAGAUUUCUUUCGAUGAGAUGUGGAGAAAUUCUGGACAACCGAGACUCGAUAAGAUACUCAAUGAGGAAUUUGAUGUCAUCAGAAGACAACUGCUACAAGAGUGUCAAGCACUUGUUUUUGCAAACGGGAAGGACGGAGUUAUCACUAUGGGAAGACUGGAGGAUAUGGUGAAUAGCGACAAAACUUCUGACACAGAGAAGAUCACAUCUACCUCGUCAACACCUUCCAAGGAAUCCAAUGCAUGCAAAAAGUGUUUCCGUUCAAGUGAGAGAUGCAAUGAAGCUAAACUAGAGGCGAAACUGGCGCAGAAUAAAGCGGAGAAGUAUGAAAAAAAGGCGAAGAGGACUGAUGAGUUGGAGAAGAAAUUGAAGGAAAUGGAACAAAUGAGACAAAAACUCUCCGCCUACUCCAAAAAAGACGAAGAAAUCGAGAAGCUCCGUGCCAGAAUCUUCAAGAAGACUGAGAUCGAAAAAGUGUUGAGGGCUGAGAAAAAUGAUCUCAAAUCGAUAAAUCACCGCCUCGAACAACAAGUCUCCAUUCUGAAGCAGGAAAAUGAGCAACACCGACUUGGUGCUCCCCCGGUUACAGUAGACACUGACUGGAGACAGAAGCUUCUGGAAUUUAAGCAAAUCAAGGAUGACGUUAGCAAGGAGAGACGGUUGGAAGAAGCGAGGAGUAUGGUUGAGAGACUGAUCUCCAAUUCUGAUUGUGCUGAAACAGAGGAUCUUGCAAUGUAUGAGCUCAACCAACUGGAAGUGUCUACUCGGAUUCUGAUGGAAGCUCUGCAGUUGAAUAUUCAGAAAAUUGAGAGAACCCAUGACUGCUCGGAUCUCAUUCUACUCUGGGAACUCCCCACCUUAUCCCAGGGAUUUCUGGAGAAAUAUCGACUUGAAAUAAAGAAAAAACCGUUGGAGAUAUCAGAAGACACUCACUGUUUCAUUUGUUUUGAGAGAAAGAGAGAAGGACAUCGGAUUCUAAGAUGCAAGGGAUGCAAGAAGGAGGUUCAUGAGGAGUGUGGUAUCAAAUGGGUCAUGGCUAACCCGACGUGUGCAUUCUGUCGACGAAAAAUGGUGGUUCAAAAGAGAUCUUGGGCUUGA